AUGCGGUGGAUUUUAUGGCUGAUGAAUCUGCUUGCUCUCUCACGAAGUGAAUCAUUUUGCUGGGAUGCUUUGUCAAGUUGUCAACAUGACUUUCCAUGCGCUAUAAAGCUUAGUGGACUUUUCACACCACAAUGUAAAAAGGCGUUAGGUUUCAGGUAUGAUCCCAGAUAUGGGCCAUUUCCCGAGAUCACUGGUUCGAUGGAGCCCAAAUGUCCGUCGAAGUGUGUACAGACCAUCAAAAAUCUUACUUCUUCACCGAAAGGGAAGGCCGUGGAAUCGUGCCUUUGUAAACCCGGAGACGGGGUUUGCUUGACUAUAAUAGCACGCCUGAAACGGUGCGUUAACGGUAGCGACAAAAACGACACGAUUUUCAGUUGCACUGCAGCAAGAAAACGAUGCAACAAGGACAAAAACUGCAAGAAGAAUCAAUAUAACUUUCUUAGGCGGUGUAGCGACUUGAUUUCUGGCGUCGAAUGUAGUCAAGAUUGUAAAGAAAGCCAAAAAGAAUUACUGGGGUCGAAGCUAGGGAGUGCGCUUCUUGAAUGCGACUGUGAUGGUCGCGAGGAACGCUACUGUCGAAGUAUUCGCUCAAAUUAUGAAAACCUCUGUAAACCGAAGACCAGAAAGACUCGUGAUCCUGAUUUUCCUACGGUGCCGCAGCUCUUCUAUUAUGUCAAUAGUAGCCCCAAUUCACAGUUUGGACUUCCGAUGUGGAUUUUGAAUGCAGUAAUCUUGGCACAUGUAUUCGCCUUGUACCAUUGA